GUUGAACCAGCAAUGCAACUGUCACUGCUGUAUGUGCUUAAUGAAAUUAUCCUUAAAUGUACGAGCUACGGAGUUCCUGAGGUGAAGAACUCCUUCAAAGAGCCCAUCGUUGAUGCAAUGAAGUAUUGUCAUUACCUAUCCAGACCGGGAUUGCUGAUCAAAAAAGUUAAAAAGCUCGUGCUCAUGUGGGUGGAACGGGGUCUUUUCGAUCGAAAAUUCACUCACCAGCUAACCCGAAUAUCAAGUUAGUUUUCUAUUGCUUUUAAGCCUGACAAAUUUAUCAGCCAAUUGCGAGGGUUCAAACAGAUGGAUGAAACAAUUGUGAACUAUUCUGAAUCGGACUUGGCUCCCGCAUCUUUUUCCCUCCCCAUUGACGCGAUUCUCAGUCGCGUGAAAAGCAAGAAAGAAGGCCAGUCGUUUUCGCGUCAGGUUACCACGUAUACCAAUCAGUUAGAAGAGGCCUUGAGUAAUAUGGAUAGGAAACUUUCAGCUCAGGAAGCAUUGCUCAAAAACAUUGACAAGGCAAUGCUCUUCUAUUCGGCUCAGCAGAAAGAAGCAGCUGUUGUCACAAACGCCUACAAGUCUUACGAACAGCAAGUACGCAACACGCUGAGCACAAUUUGCAACGAGAGUGGCAUCAGUGAGGCCGACAAGUCCCCUGUGGCCGUUGAAAUGGCUACGGAUGAUGACGAUGCCGAGCCAGUUGUGUCCUCCCUUCAAGCCACCGACGCCGCUCCGCCGAAAUUCUUUGAGGACGACGAUGAGGAGGACGGCGUUGAUGCUGGUGGCGGAGGUGCCUCAGACAUGUCUGAGGAGGAGGAUGAGGGAAAUCCCGAUCCCUUUGGAAUUCGUCGUCAAAUUUCGACCUCCACGAUUGACAUUAAGGAUCUCUUAGUUGAUCCCAAAUCUCUCUCUCAUUUACCGUUCAGUAACUUCAUCUUCACUGAUGACCGGGGAGACGUUGACUAUCGCCCCAUGUUCGCCAAAAUGGUUGCAAGCAAAUUCGCCACUACGAAAGAAGCUGUUGGAGAAAACCCACGUGGAACGGAUACUCGGGCCGCAAAAGAGGUGUUAGAUGAAGAAACAGUCGACGAAAAUAUGGACCUAUCGGACGACGGUGAUGCUGGGGCAGUGGAGGGCAAGACGUCCGUCUCCAAUGCUUCUGCUUUGACUGAAACUGGCGAUUUUGACUACAGACAGCCAGUAGUAGCUCAAGGGGGGAAAUGCGAGAACGAGGAUAAUUCCUCAAACGGUGAUCCCUUCGGCCUGGGCAAGGGUGCGAGUAGAGGCCAAGACUCAGACCUUCGCUUCCCGAAGUCCUCAGUUACCGAACAGCCCCCGCUUGUUGGCGAUUCUGAUUACCGACAGUUUCCGCAUCCACCUAAACAGUCGUUACCAUCGACGACAUCAGCAUCCCUCUCGUGGGAAACGAAUGGGGACAGUGAUCUUCGGCAAAGACAAGUUGCUACCGCCGCGGCUGCUGCAGCUGCGUCGAUGUACAAUACAGCGAUAGCCAAUGCUGUUGCUGCCCAAUCCCUACUUUUUGCCCCUCCACCACCUCCUCAACCCCUCUUUGUACCCCUUCUAACUCCUCAGACCGCUCCUGUGCUGCCAACUGUCCUUCCCCAAGCGCAAACAUUACCUGUUCCUGUCACAUCGUCGGUCAUCACCUGCCAUCAAAACCAUCAGUCUGAGGCAUCGGUCUCGGCUCCUUUGGUUUCUUCACCUCAUAAACACCAAAUCCCUGUUACAACAUCGACUUUCACUAUGCAACAACCGUACCCGUCAGCUGCUGCCUCAACGGCGUCUGCACAUGUUUGCCUGCCUAAUAUCUCCCCAGAUCUCUUAUCUACUUUGAAGAAAAUCAACCUUCCCGCUGUGUCAUCAUCUGCGAAAUCACCUGAGCGCCCUAACGCAUCACCCUCCUCCAAGCCUACAGCCGCUCCUAGUCAGUCCGAUGCCGUGACCAAGCUGCUGCAGCAGAAACACAGCGCCUCGAUCAAAACAGAACCCGAGAAACUUCAGGGUGAGGAUCCUUUCACGAUCAUAUCUCGGCUGACUGGCCUCUCCAACUUGAUUCAAUGUGUGAAGCCGGCACACGAAUCUGCACCGAGUCAACCUGUUGAGAUUCCUACCACUAUGGCAACCUCCUCAUCUGAUUCCGAAAAACCGCUUGCCACAGUACUAGAUGCUCAGACAACGCCAAAUUACUCCGAAGACUCCAGCGAAGAGGAAGACAACGUAAUAGGGAAAGAGGCACAUUCGACUUCUCUCAUUACGCCAUCCGCUUCAGGAGUCAUCGGUGGUGACGGUGACUUAGAAGAGGAAGAAGAAGGGGAUGGUGGAGAUACACCAACUCAGGACGAAUCUGAGGUCUCACGCGAAGCCGCCCCCGCCCCCAACUGUUUCCCCUACCAACAGGCGGGACUGGGUGCGGGCGUACUCACUCAGCCGAAUUUCUCUCCUCUUGUGGCGCAAAAGCCCAUGGGACCGCCUCCCUUGCCCGGAAACCCCAACAAUUUGCUCCUCUCGUUCCCCAUGCUCUAA